AUGACCAAGUCUGCCUCACCAGAGCCUUCCCUUUCUUCUACCUCGGCCGCUCCUUCGUCUGUCUUUUCUGCGUCGGUCGCUUCUUCGUCUGUGUCUCACUGCCCUUCUCUCUGCCUGGAUCAUGGAGAGGAGGGGUCGGCUGCAGAAGAAGAGAUCCGCGGCUUCGGGGUGUCUAUACACCCGGACCGGGCGGUGUUUUUCCGGGCGUUGAAUCUUCACCACGUGCUGAAUGAUCCGUUGCUCGUUGCGCUGCUUGUUUCGUUUCUUCCCUCGAGCGCAGACGUUCGAGCGCUCCUCGUCGCCUCUCUCCCUCCCCUUUUGUCUUUUGCCGACAACCGGGAUGGGCCACUCUCUCCCCUUUCCAAACAGACUCCGAUACCAGCGUCGCCGGACCGUGCAGGUGCCCAGCCAGGUGCAGAGCAGCAGCGUGGCUCGACGUUAGCUGCUUGUGGAAGCUCUCCACCCGACACGUUGUCGCCUGGUGAAAGAAGCCGAGAGGAGCGGGAGGAACCGCCGCGCAUUUUACCCCUCAGCGAUGGCGUGUGUGCCUCGGACCCCCCAGAGGCGCAUAAAGGACAGGGAGCUCACCAAGGUGAAGGUGACGACGGGGAUAGAAGGCCACGGCGGAUGCGCGAGGGUUCUCUUUGUCGCGCAUCGCCCCAGCGUCCUCUCGUCAGACUCCCGCCAAGCAUCGUUGCUUGCUUCUACCACUCUCUUUGCAUGAGGAGUCCCCUCUUGGAGGAGCGUGUCUCCGUCGCUGCGCCCCGCCCUCAGAUGUUCCUUUCCGCCAGGAUUGAAAGACGACUUACUUUCGACAGAGACGCCGUGUAUACGCCCGCACCCGCGCUCAAUCCGGGCGAAGAGACAGCGAGUGCGCGCUACUGGAGAGACGUCUAUUUCACGCAGAUCCAUGGUGCAUGCUGUGAAGAAUGCGGCGCAGAUCUGCGACAGAGCACUGCGGCCGUGGAAGCCCACGGGCGAGGCGCAGGGCUUCCCCCGGGAGUCGAAAGCCAAGACGGAGACAGCCUCGCCCAGCCAAGGUGCGCAUUGUCUCAGGAACUUGCCUUGGUGCCUCCGGCGACGCAUCCGGCAGUCACUGAGUCGAGUUCAUCUUUGCCCCAGGCUCUGGUGCGUGUACCCAACGCUUCUCCUUCCUCAGGCUCACUGUCGCCGCCUCCAGGUUCGUGCCGUGCUUCAACAUCUUGUGUGGUUUUGUGUGACGGGUGUCGAGACUUUCUUCUUCCUCGGAGAGAUAUCGAGUACACACUUGCACGCAUCGUGGCAGACCUGGACGUGUUUCUGUGCAAAGAAACGCGUACCACAGGGAGGCGGCUCUCGGGAUAUCGAAGGAAGCGAAGGCGCGAGGGAUCUCAGCGAGGAGAACGUCAGGGUCGAGUUGGAGAUAUGCGUCGACUGCCACGUCGAGGCGAAGCUGAGGAAGGAGUCGACGCAAGAGAAGCCUUGCGCCCGUCUCCAGAGAAAGCCGGCGAAGGCAUCGAGCCCGUAGACGAGAGCAAGUCGGAUCCAAGAUCUUCCAGCUGCCUCUCGCUUUGGAUGGGAGAACUCGUGGCUGACUUGCUCCUUCACGGAGGCCUUUUUGUCGCACAACGGAAAUUUGAAAAGCUGGUGCAGCUCCACAGAAAACUGGUUACUACUCUGCUGCGUACGCUGAGGUGCCAGAUUCGCCACGAACUUCUUCAGACCGUCGGAUUUGAUUUUUUUCGUCGCGUUCUCGCCCCGCUCUUGGACAAUCCAUCUUGCAGUUUUCCGGCGUCGUCGAACGACGGACUGGAGCUUGCGAGAGAAAGAGCAUGCAGGCGAAGAAAAACACAAGGAGAGGAUGAUGGCGGGGUAGGGAAGAAGCGCGGGGGAAGAGGCAGCGGCGAGGCGGGAGAACCGGGGGCGGAUUCCGAACGAGAUCAAGUGGAUGGGUUCAGCGAUCAGUUCCGUGUUAUGUUCCACUUCUCGGAAGGCGAAAAACAAGACUUGAGUGUGCUUCUUCAUCGCUGUUUUCGUGGGCUAGCCAGGCCGGCUGUCUGUACACUGCACAACUUCCUCGGGGCGGUCGGCGAGGAAGAGGUCCGAGCCACCGACUCGAAUUCGCGAGAUGGAAACAGGAAGAACACACUGUGGGAGCAGAAUAUGAAAGCGCUUGCGACUGUCAAGAACUUCUACGCUACUCGAACCUCGUUCCUGCUUCUCGUCAACCGAUUCCAUCGCCUCCUCGAACACCCAGACCUUCCUCUUCUCAGUGCGUUGUACGUCCAGCGCGUUCAGACUGCCGACUUGAUCCCGGCAUCCGCGUCGCCUGUAUCCCGAGGCCCUCUGGCGGCUCGCCAGCUUAUCGACCAGCUGUACCGCCUGGCCCAGAACCCCACAGCGGAGACAGCCGACUCUGCUCUCUUCUCCCCCUUUCUCGCCCCGCGGGCGCCUCACAGUGUCUGGUGA